UUUGCUACUGUCAUGUUUCGGUCAUGGUUAGUUUUUGCGUAAGUCACGGUUUUUGUUUGCUACUUUGGAUUGGUUUCGUUCUUAGGACUUUGUUUUGCAUUUAGUUUUCUGUGCUUUAUCAAUACACGUCGUCAAGUUCACGAUGCUCCUCCCUCCCUGCCUGCUUUUUGGGGUCCACCAGCAGCACCACCUUGCAACGUGACACGUUCGAAGUGCCUCCGGUUAACCCCAAAGUUCAGACUUUGCAGUUGGCUUUUCAUAACAUGAAGUAUCUUCGUUUGAACUCGUCAGAAAACGUGAUCCAAAAUGAGAGGCAGCAGCGAAAUGCGCCAUCGGGCUUUUCAGAACUUGGGAUAGAUCCAUCCAACCAUCGCCGUCGCGCAUCCAAGUGGUCGCUCGCGGGGGGGUGUGGGGGAGGAGUCGCGCGCGCGCGUCUGUGAAAAAAAGAGUUGGGGAGUGCAGAAGAUGCGGUCAUUUGUUGCAUCGGCGGAACGUUUUCAAAGAAGUGACGCAACAAGCUGCGACGCCCACUGAUUUGCUCUCCAGACUACAAGAGCGCGUGGAAAUAAAUGAUGACACGCGCGGUGAACUCGCUCCCCACUUUGCUUCUCUUAUUCGCGACGAUCAGACGCUCGUUCUUUUCGUUGAUUUAUUAGUGUCUAAUGGUGGAAAGGGGAGGGCGAGUUUCGUGAGAGCCCCCCGCCCCCCCACACCCAGAGUGCCACGGUUGUCACGCGCGCACACGGGGCGCGAGCCUAUGUCUUUUUUUUACGCAUAUGAUUUGUCAACACACGACCGCGCGUGGAAGCUCCUCUCCCCUCUCCGUGGAACCUGUUGUCAUUCGGCGCGCGCGGAAUGUUCGAAUCCCGCCACAAGUUGGCACUCCGCGGCUUCGUUUGACCCACUCGGCACAUUCUGUCGGGAUGCUAGCUCGGAGAUUUUGGGGAUAAAAACAAUCGUGAGCGAUUGUUCUCCUGCUGUCUUUUUUCUUUUUCCUGCGUGAAGAAUGUCCGCGUGAAAAAAAAAAAAAAGGCAACCCCCAAAAAGUGAGUGCACGCUGGAGGAUGUUGCGGCUGAAACUUAAGGAUGCUUCCACGGGCUCUGCGCGCGAAUAUUAAGAGGUCCAGGUCCAGAUGAUGCGCCGCACGGUGUCGGCGGAACCCAGCGGGCGGUAUUGACAGCAGUACGUUGAUGGCACUGCGCACCGGGAGGACUUGGUUCGGACGGGUCUUGCGCAGGGUCUCGCGGCUGCAGUGCUCCUGGUCCAGGCGCUCCAGCAGUCUUUUGUGUCUUUCCGCCAACCAGGAGCACGAUCCGGGCUUCCCGUCCCGCCGGCCCAGCCCCGUCCACCGUCAUCGGAGCGCGCCCCUCCGCGCGUCCUCCGCCGCAGCCACCUCCGGGCGCGGUGCACUCGGCUCCUUCCCUUCUCGUCGCACCAUCCCGGGGAACACGAGGGGACAUGAGCCCCUCACUCGCCGGCUCCUCGUGGCCAUGAAGCGGCAAAACGUGCGGACCUUAUCCCUGAUCGUUUGCACGUUCACCUACCUGCUGGUGGGAGCCGCCGUCUUCGACGCCCUGGAGUCCGACUUUGAGAUGAGGGAGAAGGAGCAGCUGGAAGCUGAGGAGAGGCGCCUUCAGGGGAAGUACAACAUCAGCGAGGACGACUACCGCAAGCUGGAGACCAUCAUCAUGGAGGCCGAGCCCCACAGAGCCGGGGUGCAGUGGAAAUUCGCCGGAUCCUUUUACUUUGCCAUCACGGUCAUCACUACCAUCGGCUACGGCCACGCGGCGCCAGGAACGGACGCGGGGAAGGCCUUCUGCAUGUUCUACGCCGUCCUGGGCAUCCCCUUGACUCUGGUGAUGUUCCAGAGUCUCGGCGAGAGGAUGAACACGUUUGUCAAGCACCUGUUGAAGCGCAUCAAAAAGUGCUGCGGGAUGAGCAUCACCGAGGUCUCCAUGGAGAACAUGGUGACGGUGGGCUUCUUCUCCUGCGUCGGCACGCUGUGCAUCGGCGCCGCCGCCUUCUCGCACUACGAGGACUGGAGUUUUUUCCAGUCGUACUACUACUGCUUCAUCACGUUGACCACCAUCGGCUUCGGGGACUUUGUGGCCCUGCAGAAGAACAGGGCCCUUCAGAGGAAACCCCUCUACGUGGCCUUCAGCUUCAUGUACAUCCUGGUGGGCCUGACGGUCAUCGGGGCUUUCCUUAACUUGGUGGUGCUGCGCUUCCUGACUAUGAACAGCGAGGACGAGCGGCGGGACGCCGAGGAGCGGGCCUCGCUGGCGGGAAACCGCAACAGCAUGAUCAUCCACAUUCAGGAUGAGUCUCUGCAGCGGGGGCGGCGGCGGAGCGGGGGCCGCGAGAGCCGUCGCGACCCGAUGAGUGACUUGCGCUCGGUGUGCUCCUGCAUGCGCUACCACGCGCGCGACCUGCCGACCCCCACGGGGCUGAUGGGAGGACUGGGAUGCGCCUUCUCCCAGCAGCUGAACCCGGGCCACUACUAUCACUCCAUCUCCUACAAGAUUGAGGAAAUCUCACCCAGCACGCUGAAGAACAGCUUGUACCCGUCACCCAACAGCUCGGUGUCGCCGGGCCUCCACAGCUUCACCGAGAAGCUCCAGCUCAUGAGGAGGAGAAAGUCCAUCUAGUCUGCCCGCCCUGGCCAAACCUCAUCUCAAGCACUUUUCCCCUUUUCUUUCUUGUCUUUUUUUUUUGGACCUGGUGGAGAACACUCAUGGGAUGCAUGAAGCAUGGAUGUCUAUUUUUUCAAGGGAUUACGACACACCAACGCUUGAUAGACCUUUCCCGAUGCACUCUAGAAAGCGCUUCUUUGGUUUCCUACCAAAUGACACAUACUUGGGGUUGGGGGGGGGGGGAUGCUAUUUUUCAUAAAGGAGGACACUCGUUUCACCGUAUCUUGAAGAACCCGUCACGUACAUACAAAGGAUUGAUUUUUCUACAAGCCAUCACAAACACAAACGCCGUCGCUAAUGUUAGGAUGUGUACCGGGCCCGGUAUUUUUUUUUUUUUGGUGACAUUCCUUUUGUUUGUUGUUAGCAGCUUUGUUUGGAAUCCAAAAGAUCAUGCUGCGGUUACUAAUAUCACCCUGCGUAUAUUCUCCUUUCGUUGGAGCGUUAAAGAUCAUAUCUGGCCGGCCGAGCUCGAACGACACCAACGCAAACAUCGGAGGCUUUUGUGGCACUUUUUCCCCCAAGGAUUCGUUAUUGAAUUCAUCAAUUUCAAGUGAUCUUGUCAUGAUGGCUCCUCCGCAAAAGUGGCAGAAAUAGCGAUUGCAGAUUUUUUUUAAAAAAAAUGAAAUGUCAAGAUUUAAAUAAAGCAUUGAAAUAGGCCUUUUUUUUGCAAUAGUUUGUAAGGGAGAAAUUUUUUCAAGUCAUCAACAUCAGCAUGAUCCUUUGGGUUUUUUGUUACGAUAGGUUACUUAUAUCUGGAUUAAACGCGUACCUAUCGAGCCAGGUGUUUAUGUUUCGUUUCACAGUUUUUGCUGAAAAGAAUUCUGCUUUACUUGCGCGCAUUCUGAGGAGGUCCCACCUGGUCAAACUCACCAACGAUGUUUGCUCACAGGUUUCAAGCGAUUGCCUUGCUUUUGUUGUUUUGCCUUGCCUCUUUUUUUUUUUUUUUUUUUUUUUUUACAAAUGACAAAAGAUGUACAUAACUCCGUCCUGCUCAAAAUCCUUUUACAAGAAAAGACUACUGAGGUGCAUCAUCUCGCCAGGCCGGGUCUCCUUUGUACAUAUCUGAGACCAUCCGGCCUGUUUUUAAACAACCCGAUCUGCCUUUUCUCUCUAUCACAGCUGGUCUCUGAACGCAUGGUGAAAGCAUUUUAACUCUUAUCUUGUUUGUUGACCAAUUUUAGCUUUUCAUAAGCCGCACAAGACUAAAAAGCUCUUUUUUUCUCCCCGUUCCUUGGAUUCUGUUAUCGCCAAUGGAAAACCAUAUUUAUUAAGUUCAAAUCCUUAUCCAUCUUGCCUUGUCUCCUCCAACGGGAGAAGAGCAGCACCAUCACUCUACUUUGGAUUAAAUCUUGAUUGGGUCAGGACAAAUUUACACGGGCAAGGCAAUGGUGUGUGAGAUAAACAUUGUUUCGUUAUGGGAACACGACCUGGCUUAUAUGUUUGUAUCAAGCUUUGGAAUAAAUAUGACAAAAAGA